CAACUCGACAGUUCACAUCAUUAACACUGCCCCCUGGAGAAAGAGAAAGAAGUGAAUCCAGUCUCUUGUUCUUGUUUCCUUUCUUCUUCUUCUUCAUCUUCAGUGUUCAUCGACAAAAGACCGUAUUUUUCUGCGAAACCCAUGUCGAAACAGACCUACCGAGUGUGCUUCUGCUUCCGCAGGAGGUUCAAGCUCCAUGCGGCGGAAGCGCCGGACGAGAUCAAGAGCCUCUUCAUGCAAUACUCGGAGGACGGGACCAUGACCGUCGAUCAUCUCCACAGGUUCCUGGUCGAAGUUCAGAAGGAAGAGAGAGCCACGAGAGAGGACGCACAGGCCAUCGUGGACGGUCUGCGUGAGCUCAAGCAUCUUAACAUACUCCACAGGAAGGGCCUCAGCCCUGAAGCCUUUUUCAGAUACCUGUUUGGUGAUGUCAACCCUCCUCUCUCUCCAAAUCAAGGGGUGCACCAUGACAUGGAUGCACCUCUGUCUCAUUACUUCAUAUACACAGGCCACAAUUCAUAUCUGACAGGAAAUCAGCUAAGCAGCGAUUGCAGCGAUGUUCCGAUCAUCAAAGCGCUUCACAGAGGUGUUAGAGUGAUUGAACUGGAUAUGUGGCCAAAUUCAUCUAAGGACGACGUUGAUGUUCUUCAUGGAGGGACUUUGACCACUCCAGUGCCACUUAUAAAGUGUCUGAGGUCUAUCAAGGAGCACGCGUUCGUCGCGUCCGAGUAUCCGGUCAUCAUAACCUUGGAAGAUCACAUCACUCUGGAUCUUCAGGCCAAAGUGGCCAAGAUGGUAACUCAAACCUAUGGAGAUAUGCUUUUUUCUCCUGGAUCGGAAUGCUUAAAGGAAUUUCCUUCUCCGGAGUCACUCAAGUGGCGUAUCAUAGUGUCGACGAAACAGCCAAAGAAGUAUCUUGAGGCCCUAGAAAUGAAGGAAAAGGAAAUCGAAAAGCAAAAGAGCAAGGCUGCAAACAAUGAAGAGGCUUCGGGUAAAGAAUCACCUCAACUCGGAGGUGGGGACUCUGCAGCAGGGGAUUCGAAUGAUUCUGAUGAAGAAGACAAUGAGGAAAUACAUGAGGACAGCAAUAAAGCACAACGAGAUGCGGUGCCGGCAUAUGUGAGGCUUAUAGCUAUCCACACAGUGAAACGAAAGGGCGGACUAAAAAAUUACCUGAGGAUUGAUCCUGAUAAAGUCACGCGCCUGAGCUUGAACGAACAGAAGUUCCAAAGCGCAGUCAUUGGCCAUGGGAAAGACAUUAUCAGGUUCACCCAGAGGAACUUGCUGAGGGUAUUCCCGAAGGCCACGCGUAUCGACUCGUCAAACUACAAUCCAAUGAUCGGAUGGUGGUACGGAGCUCAAAUGGUCGCACUCAACAUGCAAGGACAUGGAAAAUCACUCUGGUUAAUGCAUGGAAUGUUCAGAGCAAAUGGUGGUUGUGGUUAUGUCAAGAAACCAGAAUUCCUAAUGACAUCGGGCGCGGAUAAUGAGGUUUUCGAUCCCAAGGCCACACUUCCGGUGAAAACAACUUUGAAGGUGACUGUGUACAUGGGGGAGGGAUGGUACUCCGAUUUUGAUCAUACGCAUUUCGACGCAUACUCACCUCCGGAUUUUUACACCCGGGUAGGAAUCGCCGGAGUGCCAGCGGAUACUGUAAUGAAGAGAACGGGAACACUGGAAGACAAUUGGACACCAGUAUGGAACGAAGAAUUCGAAUUUCCUUUAACUGCUCCGGAGCUGGCUUUAGUUCGGAUUGAAGUUAAUGAUUAUGACUUUUCGGAAAAGGACGACUUUGGAGGCCAAACAUGCCUACCGGUAAGGGAGCUGCGAAGAGGGAUACGAUCCGUUCCGCUGCAUAACUACGAGGGAGAGAAGUACCGAUCUGUCAGGAUUCUUAUGCGGUUCGAAUUCAUCUGAACUUGUCACCAUAAUCACAAUUAAAAAGAGUUGGAUUGUGCAAGAACUUUGCUGAGCUUUUCGAGCUAGUGUGAACUUGGUACCCUGUGUCUCCCAAUAAUGUAGACAUGAACGCCAACUCAAUUCUUGGAAUUAAAUAUGCGACGACCAAGCGAUUAAGAAU